CUUGAAUCUGCCAUCUAAAUUCGACUGUAUUAGAGCUUCCCUAGUUUCCAGGAGCUCUACCUACCUAGCUAUAUCACACUAACUGACAGUUGCCACCACUCUCUACACUGAUCGUACUAGUACAGCAGAGAGUACAAUAGCAUAAUGGCUGUGCAAAAUGCAUCUGGGGAUACUAAAUUCACAGUCUUCAUUCGUCUGCCAUUCCCUAGAGGCGAUUUUGUGGAUCCUCCACCUGUUGAGUGGGACGCAGCAAAAGAUCAAACCCUCUGGGAUAUCCUCUCACGUCCUUCCAAGGGAGAUGACAUAGAUUGGAAAGCACUGGCCGAUAAAUUUGAUGUGACUCUUCAGUUUCUACUUCAGCAGGCAGCAUGGCUUUAUGACCGGCAGUUAUCCCAGGUCCGCGCCCAGAUGCGCAAAGUGCCAAUUCCAUCAAAUUCGCCGUCUCUUAUCCCGGGCUCAGCAUCAGGAAGCACGGCUCUAGGAGGACAACCAAUGAAACCAACUACGAGUACAGGAUCCCGUGCACCAACCCGACUCCCCUCUCACCAGAAAGACACAUUACCACAACGAACCGUUGGUCCGCGGCGCGCAAGCUCGAAUAGUACGAUAAACCAGGUAAAGGCUCGAGGAGAAUCAACACGAAACGAUACCCCAACCGCAGAAAUAAAAGAACCGAGGUGGGAAGGCUUCGCUCAACGGUCCUCGGCAACCCAUCACGCGCCUGCCCCAGCUGCUCCUAUUCGCAGGUCGCCUACACUGGAAGAGGAUGAUAUGUCCUCAAGCUCGUCCGGGUCUGAAUCUGAUGAAGAGGAGGAUGGCCGGCGGGGUCACAAAUUCAGGCAUUUUGGAAUGUACUCUAUUCAAAAAGCCGGCCCCAGAGACGACGAGGAUGACGAUGAAGAGGAUUCGCCUGCAUUUCUUCCCUUUUCCCACGGAACCGAACAUCAAGCGCGCGAGAGCUCUGGACAAGAUCUUCAUGAAACCCUUCGUUUGAACGAGCAGGCAGGGUCACAACGAAGGCGCAUGGUAGAACGUAACCCUCCCCCCAGAACUCCGGUUACAGAAUCAUCGACGAGCUCGACCAGCUCUGGAGUUCCAGUCAGUCUACCACCAUCGGAGAAUCGUCGUCGUGUCCAUAAUUUCCCAUCAACUCUGAGUCCUCGACGAGGCCCUCGCCUCAGUCCACGGAGGUCCGUCAUAUCUGGCAGAGAAACUAGUGAUGGUACUCCUAGCAUGGGCAGUAGCUAUAGUGAUCUGGACGAUACCAGUGUUACCCAAUCCGCACUUGAGGAGGCCCUUCUAAGUAACAUGCAGCAUGGAGGAAUGGCGAGUCGGAUGAGCACUAUUAGCCAGGCUCUACGAAGUCGCGUUUUACCAUAAUAACAAACAUCCGACACCUUAUCUUGAGCCAAUCUGUACACUUAAUCCGAAUAAAUAGGAUGAAUUGAUUCAAUCAUGAAGGGGUCACGUGCCACGAACCGAGGCUGUCAAACUUACUGCCUGUAUGGCGCUAGUACCAAUACAGCUUGGCCGACGUCAGACCCCGCCAAAUCCGAAAGCGGUGAAGACCGAAGCCCCUCGGCAUCUCAACGGAAUGAGGGAGAACUGGACAGAUGGGCCAUGCUGGAUGCCGGCCUGUCGAUUCGAUACUCUGGAAUGUCUAUAGCGGCUAUACGGACCGACAAGCAGUAUCUGUUGGGACGUGGUUGGAUCCGAUCUGUGGAUUGAUCCUGCUCUUCUAAGCACUCACCGUUCAACAUUCCACUAGCUUCCAAAAACUGACAGCAUCCUCGAUCAUUUUUAUCAUCCGGAG